AUGGAGGAAGUGACAGAAGUGAGGACUCCAGUGGAGGAGGAGGAGAUGUCAGGUGACCUCUUCUGCACAGCGGUCAGCGAGGAGAAGCUGCAAGAAGCUUGUCAGAAAUCCCGAAGACGGAUAUUCGGGUCCAGCAAAACCUUUUUAGCCUUGGAUGUGAAACCCCAUCGGCCCAAUUCCUAUGAGGAUAUUGUGCAAGAGAAGAUGACGGAGCACUAUGAGCGAGGCCUGCACUGCCUGUCACAGGAAGAAUGGGAGAAAGCUGUCAUCUCAUUCACAAAAGCGAUCAAUCUGUGUCCGGAAAAGAUAGAGCUGUAUGUCCAAAGAGCCGAAGCAUUUCUCCAGCUCGGAGACUUCCAGUCUGCUGCUGUCAACCUACAGAAAGCCUGUGCUGACCCCAACCCGCCACUAGAGCACAUAGAACUGCUGGCGGCCACAUAUUACCUGCAGGGACAGAACCUGUUUGAUCAGAUGUGUCCUAUGGAUGCUAUGGAGUGCUUCACUCGAGCUGCGGAGCUCCAGCCGCAGAACCGACAUUAUCACAUGCGCAGUAUCUGCUGCCUGGCUGCUUUGGGAAGAUAUUCAGAAUGCCUCCGCCUUAUGAAUAAACAGCUGGAAGAGGAACAGGACAAUCCCGAUUUAUACAUCGUGCGGGCCCGGCUCUAUGACAACCUCAACAAGAACACGAUGACCUAUCAGGAUAUACAGAGAGCUCUGUCACUGGACCCGCAGCACCAGGAAGCUCUGAAAAUGAAAGACAAGCUAGCGGCAAAGGCAGAAGAGGCAAAGGAUAAAGCUGUGAAUUAUGCCGUGCAGGGGCAGCUACCGGACGCUUUGAAGAAGAUCUGUUAUGCCAUAGAGAACCACCCGUCCUCAGCCAGAUAUCACAUCUUCAGGGGCAUAGUGUACAGGAAGAUGAAGGAUUUCAGCCCAGCCGUUGAUGACUUUGUACGAGCCAUGCAGCUUUGUAAUGCAGAGAGCGGACCUGACUGCCAAGACAUGCAGCUACAUACAGAGGCCGAGACCCAACUACUACUCACGUACAAUGACUUUGCUGUGCAUUGCUACAAGAGAGGAUUCUACCAGGAUGGGGCGAUGUUACUGAACAAAGCUCUGAAAGGGGAAAAAAACAAGAAAGAACUUUACAUCAACCGAGGAGAUUGCUUUUUCCAGCUCGGGGAUCUGACCUUUGCCCUGGCAGACUACCAGCAGGCGUUUGAGCUUGAUGACGGAGACUGGGGUGUAAGGACUCGUUUAGCUAAACUCCUGGAUGAUCUGGGAUUGCAAGCUCAUCACACGAGACAGUACCAGCAGGCUGAGCUCCACUUCUCAGCAGCAAUAAAGAUGAACCCUCUCCUGCCUCAGCUCUAUCUACACCGGGCACAGCUGAAGCGUCAGCUGCAGAACCACACGGAUUCCCAAGAAGAUGCCAUCACUUCUAUUCUUCUGAAUUCAAAAAGUGAUGAGGUGUCACCCACAGUGAUGAACUUCUUCCCUGGGAAGUCUCUAGAGGAGGUUCUGAAUAGCACACUGGCCACCAGAGCUCACCAUCAGCUGGAGAAAAGCCUGAAGAAACUGCCCACCGAAUGGGAGGGGAACACCCUCUCUAUUGGCCAUGGCAAAGGAAUGCAUCCUGAAACCAAGAGAGACAUUGCUGUUUGUAUGAGCGACCAGCAGCUUCGAGAAAUGGUUCAGAAUCACAGACAGCUUAAAAAAGAGAUGCGUGCAGCACUGCACAGAAGAGGGCGCCUGCAGUCUACAGCAGUACAGAUUGGCCGACCUCCGCAACUCCAGCCCGAGGAACCCAACACUCACGCCCCAUACUGCUGGAAGACUUUUGGGUUAGGAUUGACCAAUCCUGGUUGA